AUGGAUGCAUCCGAGCGAAAGAAGGGGGAGGAUAGGGGUGAGGAGGAGAGGAGAGGAAAGGAGAGGGAGGAGAAGAGAGGAGAGAAGAGGAGCGCAAGCGACCCCAAGGCCGCGUUUUACUGGGGGAGGGGUGAGGCGGGAGAGGGGGUUGGUGGAGGGGGUGAAGGAGGGAGGGGGGGUGGAGUAAUACGUUUUUCAUCA